GGCGGAGGAGGCGCGAUGGCUCCGCAGCGGCGGACGCUGCCCCGCGGCCCCGACAGCGCCGGGCCGGGGCCGGGGCCGGGCCGCGGGGGCCGCCGGCUCAGCAGCGCCAGGAAGGGCAGAGUCCAGCAGGAUGCCCGGGGAAGGUGGCUGAAGGCAGCCAUCCUCCUCCUCCUCCUCUCUGCCGCGGCCGGCGGCGGCCUCGUGGCGUGGAACCGGCUCCGCAGCCAGGAUGGGAUCCCCGAGGGUGGAAUGCCCGUGGAUGGGGUCACCGAGGGUGGAAUCCCCGCAGAUGGGAUCCCCGAGGGUGGAAUCCCCGCAGAUGGGGUCACCGAGGGUGGAAUCCCCGCAGAUGGGGUCACCGAGGUGCUGGCACAUCGCAGCGACCACCUGCAGGACAAGUUCGUGCAGGUGCCCUGCUCGGAGGACUACGAGAGCCACCAGCGGUUCGCAGGUUGCACUCCUAGGAAGUGUGGAAGAGGUGUGACAGAUGCUGUAAUCACAAGGGAAGAAGCUGAAAGAAUUCGUAGAAUAGCAGAGAGGGGACUGUCCUUGGGAGGAUCUGAUGGAGGGGCAUCAAUUUUGGACUUGCACUCUGGAGCUCUUUCCCUGGGGAAGCAUUUUGUUAAUCUGUACAGGUACUUUGGGGACAAAAUUCAAGACAUCUUCACAGAAGACGAUUUUGCAUUAUACCGGGAUGUGAGGCAGAGAAUCCAGCAGAGGAUUGCUCAGGUCUUUGGGAUCAGCUCUUCUGCCAUGUACCUGACCAAGCCAACGUUCUUCUCCAGGAUGAACAGCACAGGAGCCAAGACAACACACGAUGAGUACUGGCACCCACACGUGGACAAGGUGACUUAUGGCUCUUUUGACUACACUUCCCUGCUCUAUCUCUCUGACUACUCCAAGGACUUUGGGGGCGGACGGUUCGUGUUCAUGGAUGCAGAUUCCAACAAGACAGUGGAGCCCCGAGCAGGCCGGGUGUCGUUCUUCACCUCGGGCUCGGAGAACCUGCACCGGGUGGAGCGGGUGCGGUGGGGCACUCGCUUCGCCAUCACCAUCUCCUUCACCUGCGACCCGCAGCACCGCAUCGCCGACCCGCAGCUCUCCUGGGGGGACAGGAGCCCUGCAGGAGGAGAGGAGCCGGGCAGAAAGCUGCCCUUGUAACCUGCCAUGCAGCUGGAACUGCCCAGCUGUGAGCACACAGGUCACAGCUCUGUUCUCACAGCCCUUCUGCCAUAAACAUUGCCAGUGGCGGCUUAAGGACCAAUCCUAAGUUUGAUGCGUUCUGAAAAUGGUUUGUCUUCAUGUGCCAAAGAGACUGCAAAGAAGAGAGGAUGGGCUCCACAAAGAAGAGAAUGGGUUCCACAGAGAAGGGAGGAUGGGCUCCACAAAGAAGAGAAGAUGGACUCCACAAAGAAGAGAGGAUGGGCUCCAUAAAGAAAUGAGAAUGGGCUCCACAAACAAGAGAGGAUGGACUCCAUAAAGAGAGGAUGGACUCCACAAAGAAGAGAAAGUGGGCUCUUCAUUUUUCAAUUUUUUUCUAAAAGUUCUUAAGUUUGAAAGAUACAAACGAUCUUUUGGGCCAGGCCUUGAUCUGCCUCCCCAGGCUGCUGUUACCUGUUCCAUUCUUUAGUCUCUUCAGUUGCUAAUGCGGUGUAGAAAGUCUGACCUAAGUGAAUUGAGCCCAAGUUAAUUGAGACCUGAGUUAAUUGAAUGUUACUCUCUAGAACACACCUUCUCUUGAUAGGGAUGGAUUCUCUAAAUGUGGGAUCAGUGAGGAAUACACCUGGGAUUUCAACUUUUUAAGAAAAUUCAAUUACUACUGAUUAAACUUUCAGGAAGUCUCUCAAUAGCUAUUUUUUCACUUCUCUUUUCCAGUUUAGUAUGAAGACAUUUUUCUGUUAAUGAGGACCCUGAAUGUUAAAUUGCAGGGACUUCCAAGAGGAGCUGUGUGCAAACACAUGCAUAAUCUUGCCAAAUACUUCUGGGUUUUUACUGCAGUCAAAGAUUUCUGUGGGUCAGGUGGUUGAUAAAUAAAUGGUAGAAAAACCUAAUUUUUUUUUUCUUAAUCAAAUUCUGAAAUAACCGUGUUGAUGUGGUUUAUUACCUGGAUGUAUAAUUUCUGUAAAAUACUGAAAAUCUGGGAAUGUGCUUUGAUUUUUUUAUUUUAUUUUAUACAUACAGUUUGGCCCUUACAAUGUACCCUUUUAUGGCAACAAAAAGUACUGGGGGGAAUUACACUGAAGAUCAAUAUAAAGAGGACUUGUGAGGGCUCUCAUUGGGCACACCAGCAAGAUUAGUCCUCUGUAAUUUCAUUUCUUUGAACUCUAGGUGGACUUCUUGGCAUUUCUCAUGGAUAAUUUUCAUUAUAGAAGCAGUUGUAGAAUCGUUAUGGCUUUUACUUCCUUGUAAGUCAACUGAAGGUUUAGGAAGAUACAUUUAUGUGGAGAUUUUCCUGAAUAUGUAUCAUCCACCUGAAAUAUUCUGCACUCCAUCUCAAUUUCAAGUCCAGAAAUGUUUACAGUUUUAAUUUGGAUUUACAGCAGAAAUUCAGCCUUCAUUUCUUAUAACAGCUGGGUGCUUUAGAAGGUUGUAGCAUCUAAUCAUGUGCACAUUAAAAUAAAUUAGCUGGAAAGGCAUUGAUGAUGACUGUGCUGCCAAGGAAAUCUGGUUUUGUUUCUUCAGUUGCAUUUCUCAGUAUUGAAUUGCUCCUUCACAGCUUUUCUUCCCCCAGUAAAGGAAGAUGUAAUGUAAGAGUUCCUGGUGUUCCUUCUCCAUCCACAUAUCCUUCCACAGUGUUUGCAGGGGAUUUGGUUCUCUAACCUGCCCUUUGGAGAACUCUGUGCAAUAUUUUUGUCUUGUCUAAAUUCUAGGGGUAAAACCAGGAAAUGGUGCUGGAGGUCAGAGCUAUAUGAGUGGGGAGGAAUAAAUACAACCAAUCUACCUUCUCCAAGCGAAAACAAAUAUAAAAAUAAAUAAAAUAAAAAUAAACUUAAAUUUUAAACAUUCUAAAAAUAAAACAAAAUCCCAACUC